AUGGUGGGCGCAACGCGAGAGAUGACAGUCGUGCGGAUACCCUUAAAGAGCGCGAAACAUCAUUUCGGCGUCUCUUUGUCGCGUGGCACACGGCCCUAUAACGAGGAUACCUUCCAGGCGGGCACAAUUGAGAUCCCGGCCUUCUCGAAGCGCCGCCCCAUGUCACUGACACGGAACCCAAGCGGCGCGAUAAAGAGUGAGGUCAUACCUGCUGAUAGUGCCAGCGGAGACCCCCAAGUAUUCUACUACGGCGUGUUUGAUGGACACGGGGGCAGCGAGUGCUCGGGUUUCUUGAGGGAACAGUUGCAUACCUAUGUUGAGGAGGGGGCAAGGCUGUUUGAGCUAGAGAGUAGUCUGAAAAGGAAGGGAAGGGCGGAGAGGUAUAUUGGGUGGCCGAGUAGUGUGGGCAGUGUGGACGAGAGGACUGCCCACCCGGAAGCAGAGGCUUCUGGUAAAGAUAUCCUAGAAGCCGUGGAGACGCAUACGCCAUCUGGCACUGAGCCGAUAAAGCCCCCUAAACCGGGGACGGAUGAAAGGGCACCGUCUGGAGGCGUCGACAGCAAGGCAGAACCGAUGAACAGCGCACCGCCACUUAAGCAAUCGGACAGCAUACGGAAAGCCGAAGAGCUGGAGCGAUGUCUCGUCAGAGAUUGGAGGGAGUUAGUCGGAGGGUACUUCCGACGAUUCAAGCCAGAAUAUUUCUCCAUGUCUGCCGGAGGCCGUGGCUAUCCCACGGAGAACGACGUCACUACGAAGCGUCAGUCCUCAAGCUCGGCCAUUCCUGCCGACGUUAGCGAGGGGAUUGGCAUCGAGACGGUAUUAGCGUACGCUUUCUUGAAGGCCGACUAUGACUUUGUUUCUGCCCAAGUUAGCAAGCAAGACGAAGACCCAGUUCUCGCAGACAGAGCCAUCAACGACGACGACAUCCUGGGGCACCCCUCACGAGCAAGCAAACGAAUUGGCGGAGCGAAGCGCUUCAAAGGCGGGAGCACAUGCAGCAUCGCGCUCAUAUCCACUCCUACACCCUCGCCGUACUGGCAUCCCGCCUCUCCCUCAACGCUCGUGACGGCUCAUGUCGGCGACACGAGAAUACUCCUGUGCAACACUGCAACUGGCCUUGCUGUUCCCCUCACGUCCAACCACCACCCAUCCCUGCCCCAGGAAGCAACUCGUCUCCGGCGCUACGCUGCGACGUUUGUGACGGAUUCCUUUGGCGAGGAGCGUGUUUCUGGCCUUGCCAACACUCGCGCCUUCGGCGACAUGGCGUCUAAACGUAUUGGAGUUAGCGCGGAACCCGAAAUUCGCCGCAUCGAACUAUCGCCUGCAGAAUACAGCUUCAUGGUGCUUGUCUCUGAUGGGGUGUCUGGGCCGCUCAGUGACCAGGAGAUUGUGGACAUAGUGAAAGAAGCUAAGACGCCCGAGCAGGCUGCAAGAGAUGUAACGAGCUUUGCAGUUGAGGUUAGUACAGACGCGGACAAUGCGACGACAUUAGUUGUGCGGUUGGGCGGAUGGGAGAGGCGGAGUGAGGGGGGUUUAGGGAGCAUGGGAACGAAGGAGUUGAGAGACUGGAGGAAGGAAGAGGCUAACAACCCUCGUGGGAGGAUGUGA